AUGGGCUUAACUGAAAAUAAUUCAGCAACUUUUAUUUCUUCAGGAAACCCUUGUUUGGAUUUCUUCUUCCAUGUGGUGCCUGAUACUUCACCCAGAGAUUUGAUCGGGCGGCUGAAAUUAGCCUGGGCCUUCAAUUCAUUGACUGCUUUGAAACUGAUCUGCAAUCUCAGGGGGGUGAGAGGCACUGGAAAAUCUGACAAGGAAGGAUUCUAUGCGGCGGCGUUUUGGCUACAUCAUUACCACCCCAAGACGCUGGCCGGUAAUAUUAAGGUAUUUGCUGAUUUUGGCUACUUUAAAGAUUUGCUUGAAAUACUUUAUAGGAUUCUUGAAGGGCCCUUGAUAAGAAAUAUUGAGAAAAAAGAUAGAGGGAUGAAAUCAGGGGGGAAAAACAAAAUGUUUAGAGGGCGUUAA